AUGGAGGUUGCCGAAAGCCUUCAACAAAAAGGUGACGAGCAAUCAAAAACCAGAAGAGAGGAACAGGAUGCUCCGCAAGCCUGCAGCUCAAACCCUACUGAGGACACUGCUUCUUCAAACCCUGCCGAAGACACUGCUUCUCAAGCCUGUGACAGUGAUACAGAGACACAUCAUGACCCAGACAACCAUGGAGAGGCAUUGGAGACUCUAAAGGAGACACUAACAGAACAGAAGCAGGAGAUGUUGAACCUGAAGAUGGAACUUCAAGCCAAAGACAGCCAAAUCCAGUUGCUUGGGAAGGAACGUCAUGCAUACACUACAAAUGCAUUAACCCCAGAGUGUCUAAACAACAGUAAUGUACCUGAGUACUUCCACUACUGCAUAGACAAAGAGAUCUGUAAUCAGUGUAAUAUCAUAGAGCUACUGCAGGGUUGUAUUCGGUGUGGCUACCUUAAAGUUGGAGAUGGAUUAAUGACCGACAAAGGUUUUCUGAUUGAAAAAGAAGUGGAAGAGAUUGGUCUCAGGCUGAACAUUCCACCUUUUGCUAGAUCUAACCGUCAGAUGCCACAUGCAGAUGUUGAGAUGACCAAAAAAAUUGCCAAACACAGCGUUCAUGUGGAAAGGGCAAUUGCCAAAAUUAAAAAGUUUAAGAUUGUUUCUGUUUAUGUAAGAAAUCUGGUGCAGUCCUCCCUUGUGCAUCAAAAAAGCAACGUUGAGCCAGUUAAUGCUGGGGAAAAUGUGACUUUGAGAUGCACCAUUAAAAGUAUUGAUGCCACAAGGUUUUACUGGUACAAACAAACACUGGGACAGAAACCACAGCUUAUAUCUCAAUUUUAUAAGUAUGGCAAAGUCAGAUUUUAUGGUGAAUACAUAAACAAUUCUCGUUUCACUAUACAAACAGAAAAUAAUGGGAAUCACUUGAACAUUUCAAAUUUGCGUCUUUCAGAUUCUGCAACUUAUAACUGUAUAGCUAACCAUCAAAGUCAAUUUGAAUUUAGAGAGGGAGUGAUUCUUAAUGUGAACGGUUCAGGUUCACUUACAAAAGCUAUCGUCCAUCGGCCGGUGUCUGACAAGUCAGGAGAGACUCUGAACUGCAACAUACUACAUGCUGAGACCUGUGAUGGAGAACUAAGUGCGUACUGGUUCACCAGCUCACCAAAAUCUCAUCCUGGAAUUAUCUACACCAAAGGAAUCAAGAACAAUCAGUGUGAGAGGAGAGCUGAGACACAAACACACACCUGUUUCUACAACUUACCAAAGAACAACUUUACUGGUUCUGAUGCUACAACUCAACUCUGUGCUGUGGUUUCUUGCGGAAAUAUUCUUCUUGGAAAUGGGGCCAAGAUAAGUAUUGAAAGUGGAGUGGAAAAUCUUUCCUUGGUGUAUUUCAUGAGUGUGGCAUUGGUAGUGACAUCUAUUCUGGUGGUUGUCCUGUCUUACUGUGCACUCAAGAUGAGGCGGAGAGAGUGUCGCUACUGUUUAAAACGAGAUUCUCAACCAAGAAGUUUUGUUGCUGCAACAACAAGUGUACGGGACCAAAAUGCAGACAAUUUCCAGUACGCAGCUGUAAAUGUAAGGAAGAACAACAGGCCAAGCGGACAGAGAGACGACAAUAAUGAGCAGUGUGUGAACACAACCUGUGUGUACUCCAGUAUAAGACAGUAGACAUGGGCAUGUUUUUCUGCACUUGA